AUGUCAAAAGCCAGUGAUCUGUUUUCUCUGGACGAUGAGGCUCAUUACUCUAGCGAUGAGGACGUUGGGCGCACAGAGAGAUGGCAGAAGGAGGAAGAGAUAGAGGAUGUUGACGAAGAAGAGGACGAUCAGGACGAAGAGCCAACCGACAACGUCACCAAACCUCUUACCCCGGAAGAGAUGCAGGCUCGCUUGCGAGCGAUUCGAAAGUCCGGGGUUGUUUAUAUCUCUCGAAUCCCACCCUAUAUGAAGCCUGUGAAGCUUCGGCAAAUCCUGUCGCGGUUCGGUGAGGUCAACCGCAUUUUCUUGGCCCCCGAAGACGCCGCGAGCCACGCCAGGCGAGUCAAGGCUGGCGGAAACCGUAAAAAGAAGUAUACGGAAGGAUGGGCCGAGUUUGUGCGGAAGUCAGACGCAAAGCUCGCAGCAGAGACCCUGAAUGGCAACCAAAUUGGCGGGAAGAAGGGGUCGUUCUACUAUGACGACAUUUUGAACGUCAAGUACUUGAAGCGAUUCAAGUGGACCGAUCUCACUGAGCAGUUCGCUCUCGAGGCGCAGGAACGUCAUGAAAAAAUGAAGGCGGAGAUUGCGCAGGCCACGCGGGAAAACAAGGUAUUUAUUGAGAACGUCGAGAAGAAGGCCAUGAUCGACAAAAUUGAACAAAAAAGAGCCACGCCUAAGGCCACUAAUGUGCAUCGUACUUUCGACCAGCGUAAAGCUAACCCACAAAAGAAACCGGCUAGUACCGCCAAAGUUCUUUCAAACAUUUUCUAG